AUGACUAAUGACGGGCCCAAACGUCAGGGAAAGCAUAUAAAAUCGCAUCUCCCGCCAUCUACUCUGCGAUAUCUAAUCUCUCGCGAAGAACAAGUAUCUCGACUCGUUCCACCUUCUUCCAUUUACUCCGGUCUAUUUUCUGUCCAGACGCAAUCAAACAACCGCCACCAUGUGCAUGAAGGCUCAUUGCUCCACCUGCAGUUAGUAUCGAACACAAUUAAUCUUCGGAACGAGCAAUCGCUGAUUCAUUGUCCAACAGACAAGGUCACUUGGUGGGGCUGCGGUAGCCACAUCCCCAGCGUUAUGGACUCGGUGCCGGAGAGUGAGCGCUGUGCUUGCGAGCCUAAGGUCGAGAAGGAUGGGAAAAUGUACCCGCCCAAGGCGGCAAACGCUGCCUGA